AUGGAUCGUUUCUACCCCCCUCAUGGCUUACCCUCGGAUUCACAUCCAUUUGGCCGUGGGCUUGGUGAUUUCACCAGACAAACAGAGACCCCUUCCACUUCCGUCUCGGAUGGCGUUCGUUUGGACCCUUCUCACCAUCGUGAUCCCUGCUCGAUAAUCGGGAACUGGACGUGUUCCAGCUCUGCAACUAGCCCUGGAGAGCCGACGUUACUGUCUCCUCAGCACCAAUAUCCAUGGAAGAUGGCACUGCCCCCAUCACUACCAGCUCCGAAUUCUCUACCGGAACGAGGGUUGCCUCGCUUACUUCCAUCUCAUCGCCUUGAGACACCUGCCACACCGUCCUCGUUGGCGGCAGCUGGUGGCCCCAGGAUGAGGCAACUUAAGCCCGAACUACGGCGCCUUGAGGACAGAAGAGCACCAUCAGACUGGCUACGUGAGCCAGGAUCCAUCUCAUCAUGCUCGCAUGAGUCUACUUCUUAUCGCACACCGUCGGGGAUGUCACGGUCAGAUGCUUGUGAAACGGCUUGUCCUACAGCGAGCUUGCCACCACCGUCACCGGCAAUCUCGGCGCUAACCUACCCUUCGCUGAAGCUGGAAACGCCGGACUCUCCCGACAGUAUUGAUGAUAAACCGUAUUCUAAGCUUAUCGAAAUGGCCCUCAAGACCAAUCCGGAAAUGAAGCUGUCCCUUCAAGGGAUUUACAACUGGUUUGAACAAAACACAGCAAAGGGGAGAGAUCUCAGCUCGAAAGGCUGGCAAAACAGUGUACGGCACAACUUGUCUAUGAACGCAGGCUUUGAGGCAGUCCGGGAAGAACCGAUACCCGGAAAGAAAGCUGUGAAUUACUGGCGCUUAACGACUGAAGCCAUCAAGAAUGGCGUCCAAUCCACCACCCGGUACAGGAAGCAGGCGAGUUACAGAAAAGCCUCGAGCUCGGAUCCACCGGCGCCUCAACGCCAGCGAUCCGGGGCCAAGGGAGGGAAAGCUACUAAAAUCAAGUCAAAAGUUCGUGGGCGGAUGAGCGAGGACGAGUUGCCCAAAGGCAGGUACCACCCACGAGUGACAUCACGACCGCGACCGACGAAGAAUGUGUUCACUCAUUACAAUACGACAGCGGGAGCGUUGAUGGGGAUUACAGUCAUGUCACCUUUCCAUGUCUCCGGACUGACCACGUCGGGGACUCGCUUAUCCAACGAGCCAUUCGAUUUGGGGAGCGUUGUUGGCUGCGCAGAUCCCGCUCCAUGUCCUCCCCUUUUUUGCGACAUGGCGGGACCAGGGCCCGACUGUGUUGCGUUGGACUCAGGCUUUCUCGGCUGGGGAGCAGCCGUCCACUCGUUUCCUACUGGCUUGCUGGCUGGCCCCGGAAUCUCCACGGAUCUCCAGAUGGGAGUAUAG